AUCUAACCAAUUAAUUAUAAUAUAAAAAAUAAUUUACAAUGUCGCUGACAAAAUUAUUUUCAUUGACUCGUUAUGGUCAACCUUUGAGAGCAUCUAUUCCAUGCCUAAUAGAGACCCGAUUUGAAAGUUCUGGAGGUGCUGGUGGCACUUAUAUUUAUGUAAAUGCUCAGGAAGAAAAGGAUGAUUUUAAGUCUGUUACCGAUAGAGCUGCUCAGACCAUUUUUUGGACUGAACUUUUCAGAGGAUUUGCUGUCACUCUCGGUCACAUCUUCAAAGAGCCAGCAACUAUAAACUAUCCUUUUGAAAAAGGACCUUUAAGUCCACGUUUUCGCGGAGAACAUGCUUUGAGACGUUAUCCCAAUGGUGAAGAAAGAUGCAUUGCUUGCAAAUUAUGUGAAGCUAUUUGCCCAGCUCAAGCAAUUACUAUUGAGGCUGAAAGACGCUAUGAUGGCUCAAGACGAACUACUCGAUAUGAUAUAGAUAUGACAAAAUGCAUUUACUGUGGAUUCUGUCAGGAAGCCUGUCCAGUUGAUGCUAUUGUUGAAGGACCGAAUUUUGAAUUUUCAACUGAAACACACGAAGAAUUGUUAUACAAUAAGGAAAAACUUUUGAACAAUGGUGAUAAAUGGGAAUCAGAAAUAGCAGCAAAUAUACAAGCUGAUCAUUUGUAUCGUUAAAGUUUAGUAUCAGAUAAGAUAGU